AUGUUGUAAGUUAUUUUCAAGCGUUCAGCAUUAGAGAAAAUGCAAAGAGUUCCAUCACGAGAAAACCAUUCAGCCCUCAUAUUAAAAUUCUGAAAUGUUGCUCUUGCAGGUUCGCUCCUCGCCUCAUCUCGUCCGCCGGGACUUCAUCUCCGAUGCCCACCUCAGCUCAAUCCGAGCCAAAACAGCCAGACACACCCAGACCUAAGUAAGGUUGGGUGUUUCUGGGGAAACAUUUGGUAGAAUUUCUCAAUUGUUUCCCCUGCAAUAAAUCAUUUAAAAAUCAAACCUGUUUUAGUGUUUAUUUGAAGAAAAACGUCUAAAAGUUCGCAGACAUAUGAAUCGGGUCUAUAACGUCGGCCGCCACCUCUGAAAACCUGGCAGUGUGCACAAAGAAGUGGCCGUCCGUCAGGCUUUUUCGAUUUCUGAGGAUCCCAUCGCUUCUGUAUAAGAUCCAAUGAUGUUAAAACACUCUCCUAGUUAUGGUGCAUACUGUGGCACGGUGCCAUGACGUUUCGAAAUCCCAAUCGUUUUUUCCCAUCGGAGUCCUUUGUCGGCGUCCUUAUCACUAAUCUCCAACGGUAAUUAAGUCAAUUGCUUUGAAAUUUGCCGCAAAUCUGCUUGAAGCUGUUUUUCCGGCGGUCUUGAUUACCGGGGGAGAUUAGUGAUAAGGACGUGGACAAAGAGAUCUGAUGGGAAAAAACGAUUGGGAUUGCUUCUUCCCAAUCAUACUUUCAUAAGUCUAAACCAUCCAUCCAUAGAGGCGACUAGUUUGUUCAGCGCCGCUUGAGUAUUAUCUUCAGACGCGGGGUUUUUAUUUAUCCGGCUCGCUUUCUGGAAUUAUAUUUGUUUUAUGGUUAAGUUUAGGUAGUAAUGAUUUUCUGCUACCUUUGAUACUCUUCCGUAGAGCAGGGACAGCAUUCCGAUGAAGAGAAGGAUAACUGAAAAGAAAGAAUGACGUUCUGAGGACGCACGUGGCGGGAAAACUUACUUUCCGAUAAUCCGAGGCCAGCGUACACUCCCAGACGGACUCCAAUACUGUUUCCAGUGGCGUUGGUUCCAGCGCGAGAGGAUCCAGAAAGUCGUUUGACCAAUCCGUCAGCCACGAGCUCCUUACCAUCAUUCCAAACACAAAAAUGACGGCGAUAGACAUUCCUAUGGCUCCAAAGUACUUCUGGUAGGUAUCCAUCUUGACGCGUCCAGUCUCGAUACGCUCGGUUCCUGUGACUUGGUGAGACGUCGUGUAAACCGACACAAUCGAUGGGGCGGUGGAUGUGGUGGUGGAGAGACGGUGGCGCUACUUCUGGGUGGACGUGCUGAUGCGGCGGCGGUUGAUGAUUCCCGAGACGGUGGACAUGUGACUGGUUCCAAGCACGUGGUCAAUGAUCGGCGACGUCAUCACAUCAUCAUCGUACUCAAAGCCCGAAUCUCCUUCAAUCAUGAUGCCUCCUGGCUCCGAGGUGUCAUCGUCAUCGUCAGUUGAAAAGCCGACUUUCACGCCGCUUCUGGUCGCAUCAUCGUUUGAGCGGUGAUCUGUUGGAAGCGGUCAAUGUCUAUGGCUAUGAGGUUGACAAUCUCGCCGACAGUCUUCUCGCGACGAGCGGCCUUCGACAAACGGAGCGUCUGGAAAAUAGAGGUAACAUUUAUAUUCGCCGAGUGGAAGAGAGGGAACCUUGCGAUAAACAGCGGCUGUGAGACACGUCUACACACAAGUUCCGACUCGAUACAUAAGGCAGAGGAAGUGGGCUGCAAUUAUUAAGCACACUUUGAUUGUUUCAGAGUUCGAGGAGAACCACAACCGUCGUCGCGCUGAUUCCAAUGUCUCAAACACGUCCAGCCGCCGCAGCUCGUCAAACGACAGUACUCUGUUGCUCCACGAUCAGAACACGGACAACUACAGAGCGGUGCCCACCAGCUAUCCCAGCCAACACAUGCCCUCCAUCAUCCGGCUGAGCUUUUGUCCAUCCUGCUCUACGUCAACCUCGCGAUGGAAAACGAGUUCUCCACCAACCGCCACGGCAGAGCCUGCAUCUGCAUGCACUCAAGAAAAGUUUCAGGCAAAAGCUAUAGUUUCGAGUUCUACAUUGUUUUUCUUCUCGAGUCACUCUUCCAUCAGAGUUUUUAUUGUUCUCAUUUAGAAUUCUGAGUUCUCGUCGUAAUCUUGCGAAAGGUGGUUCAAACAGCUGUGCGCAGAAUGUGUCAGCCGAUCCAUAAGUGCGUCAGUAACCGUGACCCCCCCCCUUAAUAAAAAAACGGUCUUUAUUGAUCUUACUUUUUUUAUGUUUACACUAAAAUUCUGCAAUUUUUAAGCACACUUUGAUUGUUUCAGAGUUUGAGGAGAACCACAACCGUCGUCGCGCUGAUUCUGAUGUCUCAAACACGUCCAGCCGCCGCAGCUCGUCAAACAACAGUACUCUGUUGCUCCACGACCAAAACACGUACAACUACGGAGUGGUGCCCACCAGCCAUCCCAGCCAACACAUGCCCUCCAUCAUCUGGAUCCUCUUCCUCAUGUUCAAGUGGGACGUUAUCACUGCGAUGUUUGUCAAGCUGCUCUCGGAUAUCCUUCUCUUCUGCAACCCGAUGCUGCUGAAAUUGCUUCUUGAGUUCACGGAACAAUUGGAAAGACCGAUGUGGCAAGGAGUCGUGCUCGCGUUCACCAUGUUCGGAUCGGCUGAGCUUUCGUCCAUCCUGCUCUCCCACUUCCUCUGCCUGAUGUAUCGAGUCGGAACUCAUGUUCAGACGUGUCUCACAUCCGCUGUUUAUCGCAAGGUACCCUCUCUUCCACUCGGCGAAUAUAAAUGUUACCUCUAUUUUCCAGACGCUCCGUUUGUCGAACGCCGCUCGUCGCGAGAAGACUGUCGGCGUAAUUGUCAACCUCAUGACCAUAGACAUUCACCGCUUUCAACAGAUCACCCUUCAAACGAUGCAGUUCUGCUCAAACCCAUUCCAAAUCGGAUUUGUUUUGUUCCUGCUCUUCCAGUAACUGGUAGUCUCAGUCUUCAGUGGAGUUGCCGUGAUGGUGCUUUUGUUUCCGAUCAGCUUUGUGAUCACGAUGAUCAUUCGCAAGUGGCAGAUCUCGCAGAUGUACUACAAGGAUGAAAGGACAAAGAUAAUGAACUAGGUGCUCGAAGGAACCAAGGACAUCAAACUGUAUGCGUGGGGGCCGCCUAUGGAGAACGUCAUUGAAGAUUUGAGAGAGAAGGAACUGGGGCUGAUCAAGAAGGCCGCAUUCCUUCGCACUUUCUCGGACAUGCUCAGCACCGCCUCGUCUUUUUUUGUCGUCCUUUCCACCUUCAUGACCUUUAUCUGUAUCGAUCCGAAGAAUAUGCUGACACCGGAGAUUGCGUUUGCAUCUUUGACGCUCUUCAAUCAGUUGAGUUCACGAUUGUCUCAAGUCGCGGAUUUGAUCACUCAAUCCGUGCAAGUGGUGGUUUCCAACAGACGUCUGAAGGAGUUCCUCAAGUCUGAAAAGCUCAACGAGGACGCCAUCGAUCGCAAAGGCCGUGAUAGUGAGUCUAAUGACGGCUGCCGACAGACUGAUUAUUGGUUUUUUGCAGAUAACGACAUCAUUGCCGUGAACGACUCGACGCUGUCCUAG